AUGGCAACGAAAGCAGCAGAUCAACCCCAACAUGCUGUCAACGAAUAUCAGGACUGCAUUCUCUGUCGGCUCACGGGGACUGUGGUGAUGUCAAUGCUGAGCCUGGGAGCCUUCAAGGAAGCAUGGCGACUGCAUCGCGAGGCCGGCACAGGUAACCGCAUGUCUUCGGCCUCAGCUCAGGCUCAGACGGCCGAGGUGAUGAAGGGUGCAGCAGCCACCGUCUCCCGCCUUGUCAAGGCGAUGGCCGUCUUCCCUCCGAGCGCAGGGUCAGAUACUCCGGCCGCAGCUUCGCGACGAGCGCCAUUGUCUCCUGCACCUGCCCCCUCAUCUCCUGGCGGCAGCACUGCUGCUGCGCCCUCUUUGAAAAGGCCAGUUGGCCAUCCAACAGGCCGUGUAGCCUUUCUCGCUCUGGCUGGCGUUGGCUUCGCCGGCGCCGCGAUCUGGCGAGCGGUAAUGCCUGCGAACAAGCCCAUUCAGCCUGUCGCCACGAGAGAAGCAAAUGGAGACAAGCAACAACAAUCGUUUGCAGCAUGA